ACCAACCCUCCAUCCCACCCUGCACGCGGCUCUCCAUCACCACUACAGCUUCAUUACGCCGCUAAUUACCACUCGUUCCUUGCCUUCCAGAACCGCCCGCGUUCCGGACUCACCCCCCCACAGCCAUGUCCUGCUACGACCUCUGCGCCCCCACACCCUGCGGCCCCACCCCGCUGGCCAACAGCUGCAACGAGCCCUGCGUGCGGCAGUGCCAGGACUCCACCUACGUGAUCCAGCCCUCGCCCGUGGUGGUCACCCUGCCCGGGCCCAUCCUCAGCUCCUUCCCCCAGAACACCGCCGUGGGAUCCUCGGCGUCCGCGGCCGUGGGCAGCAUCCUCAGCGAGGAGGGGACCCCCAUCAACUCGGGGAGCUCCUCCUCAGGAUUGGGGGGAUUUGGGGGAUUUGGGGGAUUUGGAGGGUUGGGGGGAUUUGGGGGAUUUGGGGGAUUUGGGGGAUUUGGGGGAUUUGGGGGAUUUGGGGGAUUUGGGGGAUUUGGGUACAGCCGGCCCUCCAGCCGCUACAGCUCCCGCCCCGGGGAGCCGUGCUAA